AUGAACGACCUCUUCUCGUCGGGCUCGUUCAAGAAGUACGCCGACCUGAAGCAGCAGGCGGCACUGGACGACAUGGAGGCCGGAGGCGGCGGGGAGGGCGCCGACCUCGACCGGUUCUUCGAGGACGUGGAGGGAGUGAAGGAGGACAUGCGUGGGCUCGAGGCGCUGUACCGGCGGCUGCAGUCGGCGCACGAGGAGAGCAAGACCGCGCACGACGCCCGCACCGUCAAGGCCCUCCGCUCCCGCAUGGACGCCGACGUCGAGCAGGUGCUCCGCCGCGCCAAGGCCGUCAAGGGCAAGCUCGAGGCCCUCGACCGCGCCAACGCCACCAGCCGCAAGCUCCCCGGCUGCGGGCCCGGGUCCUCCACCGACCGCACCCGGACCUCCGUCGUCACCGGCCUCGGCAAGAAGCUCAAGGACCUAAUGGACGACUUCCAGGGUCUGCGGACGCGGAUGGCGGCGGAGUACAAGGAGACGGUGGCGCGGCGGUACUACACUGUGACGGGGGAGAAGGCAGAGGACAGCACGAUCGAGGCGCUCAUCUCGUCGGGGGAGAGCGAGACGUUCCUGCAGAAGGCGAUCCAGGACCAGGGGCGCGGGCAGGUGCUGGACACCAUCUCGGAGAUCCAAGAGCGGCACGACGCGGUGAAGGAGAUCGAGCGCAGCCUGCUGGAUCUGCACCAGGUGUUCCUGGACAUGGCGGCGCUGGUGGAGGCGCAGGGCCACCAGCUGAACGACAUCGAGAGCCACGUCGCGCACGCCAGCUCCUUCGUGCGCCGGGGCGCCGUCGAGCUCGAGACCGCGCGGGACUACCGGAAGAGCAGCCGCAAGUGGACGUGCAUCGCCAUCCUCGCGGGCGCCGUGCUGGUUGCCGUCCUCGUGCUCCCCAUUCUCGUCAACCUCCACCUCUUGACCAUCAGAUAGGUUUCAUCGGUAUCGUCACCGAUCUCUUCUUCUUACAUUCUUGUUGUAUUUAUAUAUUAUCCUAGUUUUUAAAUUAUGGU